AUGACUGCAAGCUCUCAGUAUAGUGAUUGUGAUAAUAGGCCUUUUGGCUUUAAACUACAAGAUCCAGAAGAUUGCCAUGGCUAUUUAGUUUGCAUACAUGGGCGCGCCUAUUCACAAGUUUGCCCUUAUGGUACAAAGUUUGAUGAAUUUAUCAGAAAAUGUGUACCAGGAAAGUGCCCGCCAUGUAAUAUAGUUACCCCGCCUCCGAUUUCAAGUACAACUACACCCACUACCACUACAAAAACAACAACAACAACAGAUUUUCCUAGCACAACCACGGAACUUGAAACCACAACUACAGAAUCAUCAACCUCAACCACAAAUACUUCAAGCUCAACCUCCUCCGAAAUUCCAAGCACAACAACCAGUGAAAUGUCAACCUCAACAACAUCCGAAAUUCCAAGCACAACAACUACAGAUUCGCCAACGACAACAACUAUAGAAUCGUCAACCUCAACUACUACCGAAAUUUCAACCACAACCACUGAAUCGUCAUCUACAACAACCAGUGAAGUUCCAACCACAUCUACAGAAUCAUCAACUACAACCUCCGAAAUUCCAAGCACAACAACUACAGAAUCGUCAAGUUCAACAACUACCGUAAUGCCUACAACAACUACAGAGUUGUCAACUUCAACUACUACCGAAAUUCCAAGCACAACCACUAAAUCGUCAUCUACAACAACUAGUGAAAUUCCAACCACAACUACAGAAUCAUCAACUACAACCUCCGAAAAUCCAAGCACAACAACUACAGAAUCGUCAAGUUCAACAACCACCGAAAUACCUACAACAACUACAGAAUCGUCAACCUCAACUACUACCGAAAUUUCAACCACAACCACUGAAUCGUCAUCUACAACAACCAUUCCAACCACAACUACAGACUCAUCAACAACAACCACAGAAACGUCAACUUCUACAACCUCUGAAAUUUCAAGCACAACAACCACAGACUCGGCAAGUUCAACAACUGCCGAAAUGCCUACAACAACUACAGAGUUGUCAACUUCAACUACUACCGAAAUUCCAAGCACAACCACUGAAUCGUCAUCUACAACUACCAGUGAAGUUCCUACUACAACUACAGAAUCAUCAACUACAACCACUGAGACACCAACUUCAACAACCUCCGAAAUUCCAAGCACAACGACUACAGAGUCGUCAAGUUCUACAACUAGCGAAAUGCCUACAACAACUACAGAGCUGUCAACUUCAACAACUACCGAAAUUCCAAGCACAACCACUAAAUCGUCAUCUACAACUACCAGUGAAGUUCCUACUACAACUACAGAAUCAUCAACUACAACAACAGAAACACCAACUUCAACAACCUCCGAAAUUCCAAGCACAACAACUACAGACUCGUCAAGUUCAACAACUACCGAAAUGCCUACAACAACUACAGAGUUGUCAACUUCAACUACUACCGAAAUUCCAAGCACAACCACUGAAUCGUCAUCUACAACUACCAGUGAAGUUCCUACUACAACUACAGAAUCAUCAACUACAACGACAGAAACACCAACUUCAACAACCUCCGAAAUUCCAAGCACAACAACUACAGACUCGUCAAGUUCAACAACUACCGAAAUGCCUACAACAACUACAGAGUUGUCAACUUCAACUACUACCGAAAUUCCAAGCACAACCACUGAAUCGUCAUCUACAACUACCAGUGAAGUUCCUACUACAACUACAGAUUCAUCAACUACAACCACAGAGACACCAACUUCAACAACCUCUGAAAUUCCAAGCACAACAACUACAGACUCGUCAAGUUCAACAACUAGCGAAGUGCCUACAACAACUACAGACUUGUCAACUUCAACAACUACCGAAAUUCCAAGCACAACCACUGAAUCGUCAUCUACAACUACCAGUGAAGAUCCUACUACAACUACAGAAUCAUCAACUACAACCACAGAAACACCAACUUCAACAACCUCCGAAACUCCAAGCACAACAACUACAGACUCGUCAAGUUCAACAACUAGCGAAGUGCCUACAACAACUACAGAGUCAUCAACUUCAACUACUACCGAAAUUCCGAGCACAACCACUGAAUCGUCAUCUACAACUACCAGUGAACUUCCUACUACAACUACAGAAUCAUCAACUACAACGACAGAAACACCAACUUCAACAACCUCCGAAAUUCCAAGCACAACAACUACAGACUCGUCAAGUUCAACAACUACCGAAAUGCCUACAACAACUACAGAGUUGUCAACUUCAACUACUACCGAAAUUCCAAGCACAACCACUGAAUCGUCAUCUACAACUACCAGUGAAGUUCCUACUACAACUACAGAUUCAUCAACUACAACCACAGAGACACCAACUUCAACAACCUCUGAAAUUCCAAGCACAACAACUACAGACUCGUCAAGUUCAACAACUAGCGAAGUGCCUACAACAACUACAGACACAACCACUGAAUCCUCAUCUACAACUACCAGUGAAGAUCCUACUACAACUACAGAAUCAUCAACUACAACCACAGAGACACCAACUUCAACAACCUCCGAAAUUCCAAGCACAACAACUACAGACUCGUCAAGUUCAACAACUACCGAAAUGCCUACAACAACUACAGAGUUGUCAACUUCAACUACUACCGAAAUUCCAAGCACAACCCCUGAAUCGUCAUCUACAACUUCCAGUGAAGUUCCUACUACAACUACAGAAUCAUCAACUACAACCACUGAGACACCAACUUCAACUACUACUGAAAUUCCAAGCACAACUACAGAUUCGUCAACUACAACAACGAGUUCAGUUCCAACCGCAACGACAGAUGAAUCAACCACAGAGUUAUCAACUUCAACUGCCACCGACAUUUCUACAACAAGUGUGGAAUCGUCAACUACAACAUCAACUAGUAUACAUACCACUACAACUACACAAUUGCCAAGUACUACAACGGCUAAACCAGAAUCAGAGUGUCGUAUUCUACCAGACGAGUAUUAUGUUUUGGGAAGUUUGAUUUUAUUAUUUGGAAAUGUUAUAGCAAUUUACAAAUCGGAAUGUGAAGGAAAACCAUACAAUUUCAAAAUAAUAGAUCCAAACAAUUGUCAUGGCUAUAAAGUUUGCGUUCUCGGUCACGGAUUACCUAGAAUAUGCCCGUAUAAAAAAAAAUUUGACAAUAUUUUGAAAAAGUGUGUGUACGGUCAAUGUGCUCCUUGCGAUUAUGAUGAAUCGAUUAUUCCGAAAAACUGUAAAAAUCAACCUAGUGGCGUAACAUUUGAAGAUCCAUAUGAUUGUCGUCGUUAUUCAGUUUGUAUUCGAGGACGAAAAAAAACAAUAUUAUGCCCGUCUUUAAUGAAAUUUGACAAAAAUUUGGGAGUAUGCUUACCAGGAUUAUGUCCAGUAUGUAAUCAUGGAACAACCAUUCCGCCAAUCACUACUACGCAACAGACUUCAACUGUAAACACAACAACAACGACUCUUAGGACCACCUUCAAAACUACAAGUACAACUAAAACAACUGAAACUACACCUAUAACAUCUUCAGAAGUCGUAUCAACAACUACUUCUAACCCACCAGAACCAUCGAUUUGUAAUAAUCUACCUGAUGGAACUUUAAUUCCUCAUUCAAAUCAUUGUAAUAACUAUUAUAUAUGUCGAAAUGGCAUUGAUAUUCCACAAAAGUGUACUAUAGGAAUGUGGUUUGAUACAAAGCGUCAUAUUUGUGAUUUUCCAAAAUAUGUUUAUUGUCCAGCUGGAGUUGAUUGAACUACUGAAUUACUAGAAUGACAUUUCAAGACUUUUAACUUAUGAAUUUUAAUGUAUACUAUAUUUCAACAUAUUUCAAUAUUUUAAGUGUUAUUUAUUUUUAUUUAUUUGAAAA